AUGGCCACGUUCACCCCUUAUCAAGUCGAUUACUCAGCAAAGAAUACUUCCAAAACCUUUGGGUUCUCGAAAAAGCGAAUCUCCUUCAAGUUUGGCGUCGCCAACAACCAAGCUUUGGACGAUGGACUUACUGGAGCCAACUGCCGAGGGAGCGAACACGAAGUCAUCUUUAUUUGGUCUCUCAACUCGGGAAAGCGUCAAAUUCUCGCUGAUGGAAAGGACGUUCACUAUUCUGAAUCUGGGCAAAACGGAUGGACUUCCGACCAGGUCUUUCAGCAUCAUUUCAACAUGAGAGUGCCUGGAUUCAAUCAGCCUGUUAGAUGUCAUUUGGUCACUCAGCCCUCCAACAAGGAUAUUCCGUCAAUAAAGCCUUUUGAUUUGAGGAUUAACGGAUUGUCCUUCUUUAGCUUUUCCAAAAUCUUUCAAUUGGGAACUCCUCAAAUGGUCAGUCGUCCCAUGUCGGGCAAGGGAGGAGGGGGACGUGCUGCUAGUACAAACCCAGAAGACGAUCCUUACUGCACUCCUGAAGAACGCAAAGCCAUUGCGGCCGCCAAGUUGGCAAGUAUGCGAGACUACAGGGAGCAAGAAAACCGAAAGAAGGGGGGAAUGGAGCGCGACGAGGGAAAUCUCAUCAACCUCAUGGACGAUCCCGCUCCUCCUAUGCCUGCUCAAUCAGUACCCACUCAAGGGUACUCUGUGGGCUCCUAUGGCAGUGCACCACAACAGCAACCGGCACCAGCAGGCUACGCCCAAUCCACGUACAGUAAUUACUCGUUGGGAUCCAUGGGUUCCAUGGGGGCUCCUGCUCCACAGCCAGCCUAUGGACAAACUGCUCCGGCCCCGUAUGGUCAACCAGCCCCAGCCCAGUACGGUCAACCAGCACCAGGUCAGUAUGGUCAACCAGCACCAGCUCCUUAUGGACAACCACCCUAUGGGCAACAACCAUCACCCUAUGGACAACAACCGCCUGCACAACAAGGGUACUACCAACAGCAACAACCACAAGGAAUGGUUAGCCCGAGCAAUCAAACAGCUGCGAGCUAUGGUUCUGCUCCUACCUUUGCCAUGCCACCGCAACAGCAAGCUCCUCCACAACAACAGUACCCUCCGCAACAAAACUACGGGCAAUUUUAG